AUUUGGCACGUAUUUGGUUCUGUGAUAUGCUUUAAUUAUAUUUGUUUCCACAUACAUUUAAACUCCACAAGUUAUCUGAAUAGAAACCGCAGUACAUAACCAUUCAGUUUCACUUUAACAAAAGCAACAAUGUGGUUAAUAUCAGAGCAAGUCAAGUAAAGUUUGAAUUUAGAAUUUUCCAUCUACAUACAGAGGGAUUCAGCGUAUAUCAGUUUUUUGACUAAGCCAGCAAUGUCUGUAGAGGGUGUAGAGAGUGUGUGGGUAAAAUCAGAGCCUCAGGAGGCCGCUGAUAUGUGUUCAGACGAGCAGGCCGCGAGCUUAGAGACAAGAUGCGAGGCGGAUGUGGAUGUCAAGAGAGAGCCUUUAUCGGACACCGAACACAUUAAGGUGGAAAUUGAGGUGGACAUUUACCCGGAGCUCUCUAAUUCUGAGGAGUUUGUGUGUUCAGACACAACUCAAUCUGAAGGCCAAAGGACACAACCAGACUCAAAAUCUGUAAGAAGAAUACGAAGUAAAAGAAAACUUAACAAUUGUAAAACGAGUGAAAAUGACAAGAAAAAAACAUACCCAAUGACAUCUCGGUGUAAUAUCGACUUGAGCAAAAGGACGAAAAUAAUUUCUUUGCGUAAGCAAGGCAAGAAUAUGUCUGAAAUUGCGAGGGAGACCGGCGUAAAUAGGAAAACGGUAUCCCUCUGGGUCCACCGUUACCAACAGAAGAAAUCCCUGCGCGACCAGCGGAGAUCCGGCAGACCGAGCCUCAUAGACGACUCGCAGCGGCAACUCAUGAUCAAGGAGUUUGGAGAGAACGGGUUCAAGUCGACGCAUCACUACGCGAUGUUGUUCGGCACCAGUGUGGACACCGUGCGGCGCGUGCUGCAUAGCGCGGGGCUGCGCUGGCAGAAGUGAGGAAAGAACGGACACUACUGCAUCGGGAGUGAACACGAUGGCUCAAACUUGUCGACGGCCCCCAGAAGCUUGUGACGUCACCAGGCACCGUACCCGAAUGGCAUUUCUGCAAUCCGCAAAAAUGUAGUCUGGCUCUGUCGCGCCAAUACGCAAGAGCGAUAGAGAUAGAUAGCUACGAAAGAGAUAUUACCGUGAGCGUUAGUACAUUCGGUUACGCACACAGAUGAGCUAUGUAUCGUCACCUAAAAGGAUGACAUCAAUGUGUGACGUCAUCAAUAGCAAAGGAUAGGAUAUAGAAUUCAAACUUACCGUGACGUCUCACUGUGACGUCACCUGAAGCCGGUACCUACACCGUCAGUCACUUGUCAUUUGGGAACGGGACACUUCAGCAGCUAUGACGCCACCAGACCGAGAUCCAACUGACGUCACCGAUAACAAAGGAUAGGACUGGAAGUUCACUCACCCGUUGCGUACGCAGGGUCACUUGAAGCGGGUACCUACGCCGUUAGUCACUUGUCAUUUGGGAAUGGAAUACUUCAGCAGCUAUGACGUCACCACACCGAGAUCCAACUGACGUCACCGAUAACAAAGGAUAGGACUGGAAGUUCACUCACCCGUUGCGUACGCAGGGUCACUUGAAGCGGGUACCUACACCGUCAGUCACUUGUCAUUUGGGAACGGGAUGCUUCAUCAGCUUGUGACAUCACC